UUGUCUCUGUGUGUGCGCGCGCGCUGAACUGAGCGGAGGUGAAGAAGAGGAGGAUGAAGCUGGGAGCGGAGGAUGGGAGGAAGAGUGGAGUAAGAGACAGGCUAGCUGUAUGUGAAUAAGUGAGUGAAGAAGAGGAGAGGAAGGUCGCCAGAGAGAGAAAAUAUAAACUUCUAUUUUUGGAGAUAAUUGCCGGAGCGUCGCCAGCGGAAACUUUCAACUUUUUACCCGCCACUGCUCUCUUGUUGUACCCAGAGCCGGCUUUGUUUCGCGGCGGGGGUGUUGACGAUAAAUGAAGGAAUAAAAUAGACUCCCAUCGACCUGUUUCUACCCAAGCGGGGAAUACCCUGGGACUGCUUCUGAUAAAGGUUACGAGAGAAUGGCGGCCAACAUGUACCGAGUGGGAGAUUAUGUGUACUUUGAGAACUCCUCCAGCAACCCUUACCUGAUCCGGAGAAUAGAAGAGCUCAAUAAGACAGCCAAUGGAAAUGUGGAGGCAAAAGUGGUGUGUCUGUUCAGGAGGCGAGACAUCUCGGGCAACCUCAACACUCUAGCUGACAGCAACGCAAGAGAGUUUGAGGAGGAGUCAAAGCAGCCACAACUGGCUGAACAGCAGAAACACCAGCUCAAACACAGAGAACUCUUCCUGUCUCGACAGUUCGAAUCUCUACCUGCCACUCACAUACGGGGAAAAUGUAACGUGACCCUUCUCAACGAAACAGAUGUCUUAGCCGGGUACCUGGAGAAAGAGGACUGUUUCUUCUACUCACUCGUAUUCGACCCCGUCCAGAAGACCCUGCUAGCAGAUCAAGGCGAGAUUCGGGUGGGCUCCAAAUACCAGGCAGAGAUACCUGAUAAGCUAGCUGAGGGUGAAUCAGACACCCGGGUCCAAGAGAAGCUGGAGACCAAGGUGUGGGAUCCCAACAACCAGCUCAAAGAUCCUCAGAUCGACCAGUUCCUGGUGGUAGCGAGGGCUGUGGGUACAUUUGCUCGGGCCCUGGACUGCAGCAGCUCCAUCCGCCAGCCCAGCCUCCACAUGAGUGCAGCUGCAGCAUCCAGAGACAUCACACUGUUCCAUGCUAUGGACACACUGCAGAAGAACAACUAUGACCUGGCCAAAGCCAUGUCCACCUUGGUUCCUCAGGGAGGUCCGGUGCUCUGCCGUGAUGAGAUGGAGGAGUGGAGCGCCUCUGAGGCCAUGCUGUUUGAGGAGGCGCUGGAGAAAUACGGCAAAGACUUCAAUGACAUCCGCCAGGACUUUCUGCCCUGGAAAUCCCUAGCUAGUGUGGUCCAGUUCUACUACAUGUGGAAGACUACUGACCGUUACAUCCAGCAGAAACGACUAAAAGCAGCAGAAGCUGACAGCAAGCUGAAGCAGGUGUACAUCCCUACCUAUACCAAACCCAACCCCAACCAGAUCAUGGUGCCCAGCAGCAAGCCUGGGAUGAACGGAGCAGCAGGCUUUCAGAAAGGACUCAGCUGUGAGAGCUGCCACACGGCUCAGUCUCCUCAGUGGUACGCCUGGGGUCCCCCAAACAUGCAGUGCAGACUGUGCGCCUCCUGUUGGAUUUACUGGAAGAAGUACGGAGGCCUGAAGACUCCCACACAGCUUGAGGGUGCUGCUAGAGCUGGCUCUGAGUCAGGCCCUCGUGGUCACAUGACACGCCAGGAGGUACAGGGAAUGUCACCGUUCACCCGCAACGAGGGGCGAGCCAAACUGCUGGCCAAGAACCGCCAGACAUUCAUCCUGCAGACCACCAAGCUAACCCGCAUUGCUCGGCGGGUGUGUGAAGACAUUUUGCAGCCUCGACGUGCUGCUCGACGCCCCUACGCCUCCAUCAACGCCAACGCUGUCAAGGCUGAGUGUAUGAUCAGGCUGCCCAAAGCCACAAAAACUCCUCUGAAGAGCAAGCUGGUGCCUCGACAGUCACUGGCCACCAUAGUGAAGGAUUUGGCCAUCUCUGCUCCUCUGAAACUGAAGGCAACCAGAGGACCCCCGACACCCAUCAACAGGAACCAGGCCAACCAGCCUCGAGUGGGCCAGAGCCUGCUGGGCAAGAGAAGCUUUGAAAGCGCUGCAGGAGUGCCAUACCCAGCCAAUGGGAGGCCAUAUACUUCAGGUAUGAGAACCACCUCUCAGUCUGUCAUCAAGCGGCAGAAAGUGAGCCAGGGAGAAGCUCCCAACCCUGUGGUGUUUGUUGCCACAAAGGACACCAGGGCUCUGAGGAAACAUCUCACCCAGUCUGAGAUGCGCCGGGCAGCAAGGAAACCUCACCUCCUGGUCCGGAUCAAACUGCCACCGCCGCCACGCUCCCUACCAAUGCCCCUCCUCCCCUCCAACACCAGCGAGCCCAUCGUCCUGGAGGACUGAAAAUGAGGGCUGAGGGUGGUCUUUUAACAGGACAUGGGGGUGGGGUGGGCAGUGGGAGGGGCUGUGUUUAAGCCAUCACUUAUAGGCAGCACAGUACAGCAUACAGUAGUCUUUUUUUUUUUUCCUCCCCCAUUUUCAGUGUCAUGUUCCUUUAGUCCUCUUUUACUUCCCAUAAGUUAAUGUGUUUCUCUCUCUCUCUGUCUCACACACACACACACACACACCUAUUCAGUAAGCACACAUUAAACCCUCAGGGCUCCAGUAUACACGCUGAAUUGGUCGCCAACGGUUACCCUGCCUCGGCUCUGUACCAUUUAUACCAGAACUUAGAGUGCAGUAUUCUCCUGAGUGGUAGGUGUCGCCACUAUUGGAGGAGAAGAACUCAAAACCAGAAGCAGAUCACUUUUUUAAAGUGUUUCCAGUCUCUUCUGUGCACUCAGAGUGUCUGAGCUGCUCUGGUCAUUAAAAUAGUGUAAAAUCCAACACACAGCAGCAAUGGCCCAAAUGCUGAGAGGCACAACUGGCUGAUGUGACAGCAGAGCAGCAUCUCGUACCAGCAGAUGUCACAUCAGUUUGUUGUAGAGCAGCAGUGAGCGUGAUGGAGCCCUCACACUCACACUUGCCCUGCUUUUAAAUGUGUCAUUGAAAUUCAUAUAUUUUUCUUCCUGAAGCAAUGGUGAUAAAGCAGACAUUGUUUGACUUUCCCGUCUCUUAUCUUUGUGUAAAUAUAUCCAUCACUGAAGGGGCGACACCCUUACAGGACUGUAGGACAGCUUGAGCAGGCCCAGGGUUUGCUUCGGUUUCAGGAUUCCUCUCGAGCCUCCUUUCCUCCAUCCUAGCAGAGCAGAAUCAGCAGGUGGGCUGUGGUGAUGGAGGGAAAUGUGGUGUUAGUCUGCCUCAGAGACACAGGUGUGCACACGUAUCCACCCACUGUGUAAAUGUCACGGGGUCUGACCUAGACUUUACAAAGAAGCAGAAUCAGGAGCCUCAUACAAACCUGUUUUAUUCUUCUGGAGCUCCACCCGUGUAUUGAACCCUCGGUAUCAAAUUAAGAGUUUGAGCUGUGUGAAAGUACUAACUGAAAGCACUGAAGACUUUGUCUUCAGUUGUUUUUGGUUUAGUUUGUUCCCCUCACUCAGUCCGUCUCUGCACAGAGGAAAUGGUAUAUCACUACUCUGGGCAGCAGCCAAUCAGGUUUCUUUGAAAUAAGGUUUUAUUCCAACAGCCACUCUGUGCUUUGCUUACUGUAAAUUGUUAGUACAUACAGUAGGAGAGGUGCAUGAAACGUGUGUGCUGACAGCCGACAACAGAGGCCGUUUACUCACAACUGAGUUAUCAUGAAUUUGGCUUUGAGAUCAUGUGUGGGAUUUCUGCAGAAGUCCAAAAUGAAGCCAUAAUGUUCAGGAGAACAGGCAGCGAGACAGUCUGAAGGAACAGAACAGUGUUCCUGAUGUUAGUGGUCAGUUCAUAAAUAAAUGUAUGCAAAAAACUGGGGCUCUAGGAUUGGAGUCAAAUGGGAAAACCGUCUUUGACCCUUUUGUCUUCAUGCAGCCUUAAUCCUGUUCUGUACAUGUGCCGAUGUUUUGGUUCUGACUGGAUGUGAGGACUGUGCGGAGGACUCGUCUGCUGUUUGUGGUUUUUCUUUUUCCUUUAUUUGUACCUUUAUCGGAGGGAGGGUGCUGAAACCGAGCUGUUGGAUCCUCACGAUUCCUUUGAGUCCUCGGCAGUGAUGACUUUUUUAAGCAGAUUUGGUCCCAAUGUGAGCUUUGUAAUAUUUCCUCUCAAAAAAGAAAUUGAAUUGUCAAGUUUGUAGCAAAUGCUAAUGUGUGUAAAGAAAACUGCAGAAGUGGAAUAUUGAAAACUUUUAGUUUUGGUUUGUUUGUUUUUAAUUUUGUACAUCUGAGGUGUGUAACUCUGUUAAUGAGGAGACUGCUCUAACAGGCUACUGUACGUGUGAAGCAUCUCUCCUUCAUCGGGUGGGUGGACUGCUUAUUUUAACCAGGGCUGACCUUCAAAAGGGACAGGGUGUGGAUUUUUUUUUUUUUAAAUGAUGGAGAGACAAACAUGCCACAAGUGAAACUUUUUCUCAAGUGUUUUUUAUUCCAAUGUCUCUGUAUCCUUUAAUGUAUCUUGAUAAGAAAAAAAUAAAGAUUUUUUUUUUCUUCGUGGUCAGA